AUGGCGGAAGGGAAAUGGGACGAAAGUGAUGUAGUUUACCCAUUAACUGAUUUUUUAGAGUCAGAGAAUUCCGCUGAGGACGAAAGCUCAGAAAGUUCAGCAGCUCAGUGUCCGCAGGACCUCAGAAGCGUCUUGGUUACCAGUGUUUUGAACCUGGAGCAGCUGGACAUUGACCUCUACAGGGGAACGCAUCACUGGGUGCCACGCACUCAGCGCCUAUUUGGGGGUCAGAUCAUCGGUCAGGCUCUUGUGGCUGCAGCCAAAUCUGUUGGUGAUAAUCUCUAUGCUCACUCCCUCCAUUGCUACUUUGUUAGAGCAGGGGACCCUAAGGUACCUGUGCUUUACCAGGUGGACCGCACUAGAGAUGGGCGCAGCUUCACAGUCCGUUCGGUUAAAGCCAUCCAGCACGGACAGCCGAUACUGAUCUGUCAGGCUUCCUUCCAAGUGCUGCAGCCCAGCCCCCUGCAGCACCAGUUCCCCAUGCCAGUGGUUCCUCAGCCUGAAGACCUGCUGACUGUCGAGGAGCUCAUCCAGCGGUAUCUCAGUAAACCAGACCUAACAGAGAGUGCUAAACAAGGUCUCAACAAACUCCUGGCAACUGAGGUUCCCAUUGAGAUGAAGCCUGUCAGCCCAGCACACUUCUAUAGAUUUGCUCCAGGAGAGCCAAGGAGGCUGUUCUGGGCGAGAGCACGAGGAUAUAUUGGUGAAGGUGACAUGAAGCUGCACUGCUGCGUCGCCGCCUAUGUGUCUGAUUUUGCCCUCCUUGGCACCGUCCUGCUGCCGUACUCCAAAUACAAGGCUCGCUUCACCGCCUCCCUGGACCACGCCAUGUGGUUCCACAGCACCUUCCGCAGCGAUGAGUGGAUGUUGUACGAGUGCGACAGCCCCUGGGCAGGUAGCAGCAGGGGACUGGCUCAGUGCCGACUGUGGAGAAGAGAUGGGGUGCUGGCGGCCUCCUGCUCUCAAGAAGGGGUCCUGAGGGUGAAACCUGUGGCAGAGAACAGCAAACUAUAGCAUCGGAACGACUUCUGUUGGUCUAUUUUAUGGAAGGAUAGCUCAUUACUGUACUUAAACGUGCAGUGUGCAGAUUUAAAGGAGGUGUAGAUAUUCUGGUUUUCACAUAUUACUAUGUUAAAAUAAAAAGUUCAACAUUGAAAGCUGAGACUUCAACUACUACACCACACAGAGACUUAAUGCAAAAAAAAUAUAUAUAUAUAUAAAUAUUAAUAAAUAUUAAUAUAAAUCUUUAAACAUUACCAUCUUUUUUCCAAUGUUAAUUUUUACAUUUGUUGUUUAUUUGAGAAAAAUUACCAGAAACUCCUUAAAUUAUGACUCUUUCAGUUAAGAGAAGGGGUUAAGGAAUGUAAAUUUUAGGCUGUUUUGGGUAUUUAGGCGAUCUAUUGUUUGCUGAAUCUUUGAUCAAGCUCAUGGUCUCUUGAAGGAAACUGCAGACCUGCAUUUAGCUCGAUUUCUAACUGGCCUGGUGAAGCGUUUGUGUAGCCUGGCUUGGCCUUUGUGGAACCUCAGUGAAAUAGGCUCAGGAAACCAAACUGAGGGGGUCACAUUCACAGCAAUGCAGAAGAUGUUCUAAUGUGUUGCUUCUGAUAAGCUCUACUUAGCUGCAGACUUUUUGUCUUAAGUGCAGUGGAAACUCAUACAGCUUUUCAUGAUGGCUUUGUUUCUGUUUAUGGAUGACUUUAUGGAAUCUACUGUGGUUUGUUUAAAAUAGAAUCAUUUUGGAACCUGUUGAAACAAGAUGAUUCCUUAGGUUAUGAAAACCCUGAAAUUGCAUUUGUGAAACUUUUCUUUAUGAUUGUGUAAUUUAUUGUAAUGUUUCUCAGCUUAGAAUGUUAAAAACAUCACUGAGUUUUGUCCAUAUUAUUAUUUUUAUUUAUUAAUGAUUACUGAGUUAAAGAGUAUUUUAACAUAGUUCUAUUUGUCUUAAAAGCAUUCCUGCACUGUUUGAUCUGUAAGUCAAGAACUAUUUGUGAAUAAGAUUUCUGGUCUCAAUAAAAUAAAAUUGCAUUAUGGCUU